ACARCGACACGCCACAACGCCACAAGCACAAAGGAAACACCCACGACAAAGACRAAAAAGCGAUUGGAAMCUGUCACGAAUUCCAGCGAGAGAAAGACUUGGAUCACAAACCGCUGUUUGUUUAGGAACCCGAAACCCGAAACCCUUCCCUCCUACUUCCACGGCCAUGGCGAGAUACAAUUGCACCGGUGGCAGYGCGGCAGUGCGGCUCCUCGCCGUAACGCUGAUCGCGCUUCACGGCACGGGACCCGACACCGGCUCCGGCUCCAACCCCCUGGCGACGGCGUCGCUCCUGAUUCCGACCCGGAACCGAAACAAUCGCGAGGAACGAACGACUCAAGCCUCUCUCCGGGGCUCCGCAAGCGCAGGCCUUUCCGUUCCCACCGAAGGGGACGACGGCAGCAGCGACUACGACAACGACAGCGACUACGACUACGACAACGACUACGACAACGACAGCGAGCGGUACCUGCAAGACUCGACCCCGACGUCGGCCCCUACGACGUUCGUGCCCACAAUCACGGACACGACGGAGCCAUCGACCUUCGYGCCCACCUCGACCAACCCGCCGACGAUUACCCCCCUGCCCUCGGCGACGGCUUCUUCCACGAAUUCCGGCACGGGGACGACGGRAGGCACCAAUGGCGACCCCGAGGACGACAGCACCCCCGCGACACCGACGGAGGCCCCGGUGGCGGGGAGCAACCCUCUCCCCGCCACCCCCGUCCCGGCCCCCGGGCCCUCCCCUCCGGGGACGCCGCAGGUCCCCGCUACACCGGGGACGCCGCAGGUCCCCGCUACACCGGGGACGCCGCAGGUCCCCGCUACACCGGGCACGCCGCAGGUCCCCGCUACACCGAACACGCCGCAGGUCCCCGCUACACCGAACACGCCGCAGGUCCCCGCCACACCGAACACGCCGCAGGUCCCCGCCACACCGGGCACCACGGCCGCCCCCACGAAGUCCCCCACAAAGUCCCCCACCCAGAGCCCCACCCGGAAGGGCGCCACGGCCCGGCCCACGGCCUCCCCCACCAAGAUACCGACGCAGAGGCCCACCCUGCCCGGCGAGACCCGGGACCCCACGAAGCGGCCCACGGCGGCGCCCACCGCCGCCGCCACCGCCUUUCCCACGAGGCGGCCCGGUACGCCCACCACCCCCAUGCCGACCAUGGAGGUGGUGAAAGUCGACCCCGAAACCAGCACCAACGGGAUCGUCGCCAUCAACAACGGCAGCAACAACGUUGCCACCGUUCCCGGCAGCGUACCCGCCACCGUUCCCGGCAGCGUGCCCGCUACUCCCCCCCCGGCCCCGACCCCCAGCAUCCCCCUGCGGGUGCCCACCUCCUCGGUCUCGCAGCCGGCCCAGAAUCGGCCGAUCUUUGUGGCUCCCGGUGUGUACACCGGCCCGAACCCCGACUACAACCCGCUCAACAACGGGGGGGACAUCCAGGCACAGGUCAGCUACGUCAACGGGUACAUGGUCCGGCGGAGCUACAUUCUCAUCUAGCGGCCGGGAAAUGCACCGCAGCGCACCCUUUCGGAUUUGCAAUUUGGCCACAKUGCGUGUACACUAAUUCAGGACCCAGAGCACACGUGUAGAAUAAUAGAAGCGCAUACGU